GGGGCGCGACCUCUGUCCUGGGCAUGCGCACCGGCCCGGGGGGGGGGGGUUCCCUGGGACCGGAAGUGUGGGUGGGAACGGGUUCCCGGGUCUGGCCCGAGCGUUGCGCGGGCUUGGCUGCUCUAGCUGGCGGCGGGAGAGCGCCUGGGGCUUCCUCGCCCUGUCAUGGGCCUCCUGUCGGACCCGGUGCGCCGACGCGCGCUCGCCCGCCUCGUGCUGCGCCUCAACGCGCCGCUCUGCGUGCUGAGCUAUGUGGCGGGCAUCGCCUGGUUCUUGGCGCUGGCUUUCCCGCCGCUGACCCAGCGCACUUACAUGUCGGAGAACGCCAUGGGCUCCACUAUGGUGGAGGAGCAGUUUGUGGGCGGAGACCGCGCCCGGAGCUUUGCUCGGGACUUCGCUGCCUACCGCAGGAAGUCGGGGGCUCUGCCAGUGGCCUGGCUGGAGCGGACGAUGCGGUCAGUAGGGCUGGAGGUCUACACGCAGAGUUUCUCCCGGAAACUGCCCUUCCCGGAUGAAACCCAUGAACGCUAUAUGGUGUCAGGCACCAACGUGUACGGCAUCCUGCGGGCCCCCCGUGCUGCUAGCACUGAGUCCCUCGUGUUCACUGUGCCCUGUGGCUCCGACUCUACCAACACCCAGGCUGUGGGGCUGCUGCUGGCACUGGCUGCCCACUUCCGGGGGCAGAUUUACUGGGCCAAAGAUAUCAUCUUCCUGGUGACAGAACAUGACCUUCUCGGCACUGAGGCUUGGCUUGAAGCCUACCACGAUGUCAAUGUCACUGGCAUGCAGUCAUCUCCCUUGCAGGGCCGGGCUGGGGCCAUCCAGGCUGCCGUGGCCCUGGAGCUGAGCAGUGAUGUGGUCACCAGCCUCGACGUGGCUGUGGAGGGCCUCAACGGGCAGUUGCCCAACCUUGACCUGCUCAACCUCUUCCAGACCUUCUGCCAGAAAGGGGGGUUGCUGUGCACAUUGCAGGGCAAGCUGCAGCCCCAAGACUGGACAUCACUGGAUGGGCCACUGCAGGGCCUGCAGACACUGUUGCUCAUGGUUCUGCAGCAGGCCUCUGGCUGCCCCCAUGGUCCCCACGGCCUCUUCCUGCGCUACCGCGUGGAGGCCCUAACUCUGCGUGGCAUCAAUAGCUUCCGCCAGUACAAGUAUGAUCUCGUGGCUGUGGGCAAGGCUUUGGAGGGCAUGUUCCGGAAGCUCAACCACCUCCUAGAGCGCCUGCACCAGUCCUUUUUCCUCUACCUACUCCUUGCUCUAUCCCGCUUCGUCUCCAUCGGCCUCUACAUGCCCGCCGCCGGCUUUUUGCUCCUGGUCCUUGGUUUGAAGGCUUUGGAACUGUGGAUGCAACUACACGAGGCCGGAGUGGGCCUUGAGGCUGGGGGAGGGCCUGGACCCAGUGCCCCCCUCCCCCCAGCACAGGGUGUGGGGCUGGCCUCGCUUGUGGCACCCCUGCUGGUCUCUCAGGCCAUGGGACUGGCCCUCUACAUCUUGCCAGUGCUGGGCCAACAUGUGGCCACCCAGCACUUCCCAGUGGGUGAGGCCGAGGCUGUGGUGCUGACGCUGCUGGCAAUUUACGUGGCCGGCCUGGCCCUUCCCCACAAAACCCACCGCACUACAGCUGGGCUGCAUUGCCCUUACCAACUUCUCACUGGGCUUCCUGUUGGCCGCCACUAUGGUGCCUGCUGCUGCACUCACCGAGCCUCAUGGGCCCCGGCCCCUCUAUGCUGCUCUGCUGGUACUGACAGGCCCAGCAGCCACACUCUUGGGCAGCCUGUUCCUGUGGCGGGAGCUACAGGAGGCACCGCUGUCGAUAGCCGAGGGCUGGCAGCUCUUCCUGGCGGCACUGGCCCAGGGUGUCCUGGAGCACUACACCUACGGUGCCCUGCUCUUCCCGCUGCUGGCCCUGGGCCUCUACCCCUGCUGGCUGCUCUUCUGGAAUGUGCUCUUCUGGAAGUGAGGUCUGCCUGCCUCAAGCACUCUAUUCUUCCUCCUUCCUGGGAAAUAAACAAGUAUCUGUUUCAGCUGUUGUUUGGGCUCCUGGCCCACUGUCCGUGUGGGGCCUCAGGGUGCAGGGUGGGAAGCCUCUGCCUGCAGGGCUUGGCAUCCCUCAUGCCUUUUCCAUGGAAGGGGCUGCUCUGGUCUAAUUACUGGAUAGCAUCUCUCCCAGCCAGGGCACUGCUGGUGUGGAGUGGGAGACCAGUUGCAUCAGUGCUGGGAGGAGAGCCUUGUGUGGACACUGGGCCCAACUGGCCCCGGGCCUUGGGCUCUGUGAAGGGGCAAGUGCAGACCCUGCCCUGGCUCUGAGUACAUACUCUUAGCCCUGGAGGGUACCGCUUAGGCCCAGAGGGCUCUACACACUGCUAUUUGGUGUGUGCCAGGCAUGGUGUUGGGGAGGAAAAAAACACCAUGGCUGAGGCUUGGGGACCUGAUGGUGGCUCAGGCACCCAGAGACCACACAACACCAUCUUUACUGCUAGGGCCAAGAGGGCAAAGGGACUGGAGCUGAAGCCCUGCAGAGGAUGCCCAGGGUACAGUACAUGCCAAGGCUAGAACCUUGGUGUGGGCUUGGGAUGAAGCAGGGAGGAGCACCUUGCCCGGCUUUCUCCGAGUUGGAACUAGCCCAGGCAAGGUGCCCAUGAGGGGCAGGGCAGGCAGCACAGGGGCAGCAUGGCAGAGCCCAGCCAGCACCCAGGAGCAGGCAGGCAUGGGGAACAAGAGCCCCAUGGUGGGAGUACCAACAGGCUAGGACAGAGAGCAGUAGGUUUUUGUGCUAAGACCCCUGAAAGGAACUGGGAAGACCCACGUCUGUUCUGGAGGAGAGAAAAAAGCAAAGGGUUCCCUUUUGGAGACACCAAGGCCAUGUCAGAGACCUUGGUGCCACUGGUGGAAAGACCUCCUAAUCACUGGAAGACAAAGGUGCCUCAGUGUCAGAAAGGAAGUCAGAACCACUCUGCCUGGAGAAGCCAAAGAAUCUAUUAGAAUCAACUGAGAGGGCCAGUGUCCUUUCAGUGCAGUGUUCCUCAAUAAUGUGUGGUCUGGGAAGUCCCAAGGAGGAUGUCUUCCCAUGGGAGGCUCCCCUGAACACAGGGACCUUGGUGACAGGGAGGUCUUGUUGACAGGACUCCACAGUGGGGAGAUCAGCUGGUGAGCUCCUACCAGGGUCAGCACCCAGAGGGUUUCUUUCUGGGGUCUCUGAGGAAACACUGAACUCUGUUGGGUGGGGCAUAUGUUCUCUAUGUGUCUGGCAUCAUCAGGGCUCAGCGGAGAAGGGGGAUAUGAGGACCCCAUUGUGACUAGCGGCCUUGUCAUGAACUUGCCUGUCUUCAGCCCACUCAUCCCCAAGGUUGGGACCUCUGGUCACUUUUUCUGAGGCUGCAUAGAGACCUUGAGCCUCAAUCCUAGUGCUGCUGAUUUUCCCCCACCUCUUAGUGCUCCUAGAAGUGCCUCCUGGGUGGGCAUCCCACAGGGCUCUCCUUGGUUAAGACAGGCAGGGGAGAUUUGUCUGUGGCCACCUGCCAUGGCUGCCCUGCUGCUUCCAGGCCACAGCUAUCUCCUUGGUGCCCACUCAGCAGCCACAGAGCUCUGUAACACUAGGCUGAGUGCAAGACUCCAGGGGCUACCCAGCACUCCCAGGAUAGAGUCAAACUCCUCACCUUGGUCUCCAAGGCCUAUGUGACCACUUCCUACAUUUGGAACGUUUUUAUCGCCCCCAGAAGAAACCCUCUGCUCACAGUCUCCCCAUUCCUAUACCCUCCUAGCCUUUGGCACCAUUGAUCUACUUUCUGUCUCUGUAGAUUUACCUACUCUGGAGUUUCAUAGAAAUGGAAUCGUCCAUAUGUGGGCUUUUGU